CCACGUAGCCGUACCUCACAAUCAUACGAUAUAAAUUGUUUGCGAUUGAAUAACUCAUCGGUCUGUGAAUUGCUGUGAGUUGAGGUUAGUUCUCGAUCAGUAGCCGAGGAGUUUGGUUGUGCUCAUUUUUCCAGUCCUCUAGUUAGCUGUGAUUACAACGAUGUCUCUACAGGAGAAAUUCGACAAAGCCGCCCUCGACGUGAAGAAGCUGAAGUCGCUGCCCAGCAAUGACGACCUACUGGAGCUGUACGCAUACUUCAAGCAGGCUACCGUUGGUGACGCCGACCCAGCCAACAGGCCCGGCAUGUUGGACCUGAAAGGGAAGGCCAAGUUCGACGCGUGGGCGGCCAAGAAGGGCACCUCAAAGGACGCUGCCAUGCAAGCUUACAUCGCGAAAGUUGAGAGCCUCAUUGCCUCCCUAGGCCUUCAGUAAAUAAGACUAAGCAUCACCAACCAUCACACGAAAUUAAGUCUUUUCUUAUGUACAAAAUAAUGCACACAAUUUGAAAAUGCGCAUGCGCAUACCUAAUAAAUAAUAAGGCAAAACGUGGAAGGCUGAUUUCGUGAGGUGGGAAAACCGCUACGGCAAGUCUACGACUGAAUAAUAAUCACAAGAGUACUCUAAUAUCUUGUCUAUGGCGUUAUAAUGAGCGGAUUGCGCAGGGUCUCAUGAAGAACAAUGUCUAUGCCUUCGUGCAAAUUACAUCAGAUGUUGUCAAUUAUUAGUAUUUCUGGCCUAAAAUGCAUUUAUACAAAACGGCCGUCCGACUCAUUGAAUGUUUAUUUAUUUAUUUUUGUGGUAUAGGUACAAUUUAGGUUAAGUAUACAAAUCAUCACAAUUAAGUAUAACUUUUGCUAUACCGAGUGUUUUUAUCACAAGUAUUGGUGCUCUUUAUUUUUUCAGCGUUUUGUUUUCUGUUUGUUUUUGUUGACAGUUUUUAUAUUACAUAAUAUUUAAUAAAUUUAUUGGGAACUGAA